CUUGGCCCCGAUCUGGUUGCCGCAUUGUCCCGCCUGGAUGUGCACGAUCUCCCUCAUGGCGGCGGUAGGCGCAGGGCUGGGCGCUGUGACGGUGCCGGAGCUGUGGGCCCCCCCCCCUCCGGUCCUGCUGGGCUGUUCGGUGGCGCGGCCCCUUUAAGGCGAGAGCGCUAUCGCGAGCGCGGCGGCGGCGACAAUGGCGGCUCCCGCGGCCCCGCGGCGCCUCAUAUAGACAAAGCGGCGGCGGCCGGCCCCGCGCUCCCAUUGGUCGGCGCCGCCCGUCUGCCGCGCUCCCAUUGGACGGCGCGCCAGACGCCCCGCCCCUCCCUGCCGUUAGCCCCGCCCACCUCCUUUUAUGUCCCGGCGUGGGCGCUCUGCAAUCCCCUCUCUAUGGUAGCACCCCCGCCCCUCUCGGAGGACCUCCACCGCCCUCCUCUCUAUGCUCCGCGCCGGACGGAGCCAAUGGGAGCGGGCGGUGGGCGGGGCCUCGGGGCGGCGGCGGCCAAUGGGGAUGAAGGGGCGGGGCCUGGAGGCGGUGGCGCGGGAGGGGCCAUGCAGCGAAGGCGCCACCGAGGCCUCGUCACCACGGGGGGCACAGGGCAGGGGCCGGAGCCGAGGCACCACCCCCCCGUCACCAGCGACUCGGAGGACGACGAGACGUGCCCCGCCGCCGGCAGCACCACCUUGCCCCAAGUGGUGCCGGAGAGCGACCCGGAGGAGCCGGAUGCCUGCUCAGAAAUCCGCGUGCUCCGAAAACGCCGCCCGACCCCAAACCUGGGGCUCUGCAUGGAUUCGACCCCAUCCCCCCUGGAUCCGGAUGUCGCGGGACCCAAAAAGCUCCGUUUGUGUCCCAAAACUCCCCCGGCUCCAGAUGCGGGGAGCAAAACGGCCGUUUCGGGCGUUCGGCCCCAAAAUCGCUCCCCAAACCCGAAAGGGCAGGUGGACCCAGAUGUGAGGCAGCUGGGAGGCAUUGAAAGUGACACAGACGACGAGGCGCACCCAAAAUCUGCUCUUUUUCACCCUAACCGUCACCCGGCUGCCCCGGAGGUGAGCGGGGACCCAAAUGUGGAGGAACGAGGCCCAAAUCCGGGUGCUGGAGGGGCCCAAAAUGGGCGUUGGAUGCUCACGGUGGACAGCGACACGGACGUGGAGGAGGCUGACCUUCCUCUGUCUGUCCGACACCCAAAAAUACGUCAAAAGGCCCAAAAGGUGCCCAAAACCCCCGGCGGGGAGAUGAAGCCCCCGAAUCCAGGUUCGAAAAACGGAAUCCAGGCGCUGGUGGUGGACAGCGACACGGACGUGGAGGAUGGCAGAGCAAAUUUGGACGUUGGGCUGGCCAAAAGCCCUCAAACCACCGAAAACAUCCCCAAAAUAACGAUGGAGAGCCCGCAUCCAGCUGUGAAAGGCCCCCAAAAGGAGGAGGAACCGCUCACGACGGGCAGCGAUACCGACGUGGAAGAGGACGGAGCAAACCCAAAUGUUGUGCGCCUUCCAACCCCACAAAUGACCCAAAGUGCGCCAAAAACCCCAAAUAUCGAGGUGGAGACCCCAAACCCGGGUGCUGACGGACGCCAAGAGGAGAAAUGGGCUCUCGUGGUGGACAGCGACACGGAUGUGGAGGAGGAGCCUUCUGAUCCAGGAGGUGGGGAUCCAAAAUCGCGUCAAAUAACCCAAAAUGCACCGAGGAACCUCGAGGUGGGGAUGGAGACCCCAAAUCCACGCCCUGGAGAACCACAAAGAGGACACGAGAUGCUCACAGUGGACAGCGAUACAGAUGUGGAGGAGGAUGGGCUGAAUCCAGGUGUUGGGUGUCCAAAAACCCAUAGAAUGGCCCCAAAACCCCACGAUGACUCAGACGUAGCAAUAAAGACCCCAAAUCCUGACCUCAAAGGUCCCCAAAACAGAGGCCAGAACCUGGAGCUGGACAGCGACACAGAUAUAGAGGGAGAAGACCCGAACCCGGAUAUUCCCGGCCUGAGAAACCCCAAAACGCCCCAAAAUGCCCAGAAGGACCCAACUGUGGUGAUGGAAACCCCAAAUCCAGACGUUGGUCGGGACCUCAACGUGGACAGAAAUACCGGGGUCGAGGACAGCGGUGUGGUGACGGAUUUUGGGGCAGUGCGAGGGGGACAGGGGACACCCGGUGAUCCAGAUGUGGGUCUGGCAACCCCAAAUCCAGAAGUUUCCCCUCCCGUGACCCCCCAGAGUGGCAGCGACACCGACGUGGAGGAGGUGGCCCCCACCCCUUACGUCCAGAGCCUCCGGAGCAAAACCCGACCCCGAAAUCCCGAUGUGGACACCACGAUGGGCAGUGAGACCGGUGUGGGGCUGACGGACCCCAAAUGCCACAAACCAGCCCCAAAAAGGCAGGGUUUGCCCCCCGAAUCACGCAGUGACGGAGAUGUGGAAGGAGAGGUUCCAAAACAGCCGGAUUUAGCCCCAAAGACAGACGCGGAGGACCUGAAUCCGGAGGACGAGGUCCUACAACGCAACCCCCAGACCUCGGCGACGGGCGGCGAUACGGAUGUGGCGCCAGCUGGUCUGGCCCCUAAAUCUCCAAUUCCGGCCCCAAAUCUGGGCCUUGGUGGCGAUGCUGCCCGGGGAUCCAGGAGUGCUGAGGCCACCCCUGGUGGGAACACGAGCGUGGAGGUGGCAGAGAGUGAAACUGAGGAUGACCCCGACCUCUUCCUGGAGCCCACCCAGAACUUCUUGCCGCCACCGGUGACCGAAGAUGCAGCCCUGGGCUGGGACCCUGAGGAGGCCACGCAGCUCUUCUGCCACCCCAAGCUGGAGGAGGAGGAGGAGGAGAAGGAGGAAGAAGAGGAGGAGAAGGAGGAAGAAGACGAGGAGGAGGAGGAGAAGAAGAAGGAGGAGGAAGAAGAGAAGAAGGAGAAGGAGAAAGAGAAGGAGGAUGAAGAGGUGAAGAAGAAGAAGGAGGAGGAGGAGGAGGAGGAGGAUGAAGAGGUGAAGAAGAAGGAGGAGGAGGAGGAAGAGCCCCCCCAGGACACCCCCGCCACCCGUGUCCCCCCAGCCGAGCCGGUGCUGGUGACCCCAGCCCAGGAGGAGGGAGCAGGGACCAGCGCAGCCCCCGGCGGUGCCGUGACCCAGGGGCCCCGCCGCAGCCAGCGCCUGGCCCGGGGCCAGGGGGGCAGAGCCCCUGCAGGGGGCGGGGCCUCCGCGGUGGGCGGGGCCUCUGGAGGGGGCGGGGCCAGCCAGGUGAGGGGCGGGGCCAACCAGGCGAGGGGCGGGGCUCUGCCAUGCCCCGCCCCCCCGCGCCGCAGCCCUCGCCUCCGGGCCCGCCCCCCCUCCCCUGCGGAGCCGCCGGCCAAGAAGGGGCGGGGCCAAGAGGAGCCACGCCCACCGCCCAGGACACGCCCCAAAAGGAGUGGCCACGCCCCCUCGCAGAUAAGGGAGGAGGAGGAGCCACCGGAGGGCGCCCGGGUCCAGCUCCGCCCUCGAGGAGGCGCCGGCUCCUCCAGCCCCAAGGUGCUGUUCACGGGGGUGGUGGCCUCCCCGGACAUGGAGGUGGCCCUGGGCUCGCUGGGGGGGUCCAUGGCCACCUCCGUCUUCGACUGCACCCACCUGGUGACCGACCGCGUCCGGCGCACCGUCAAGUUCCUCUGCGCGGUGGCACGGGGCAUCCCCAUCGUCACCCCCAAGUGGCUCCACGAGAGUGCCCGCAGUGGCCGUGUGCUGGCCCCAGGGUCCUUCCUGGUGCGUGACAGCCAGCAGGAACGUCACUUCGGCUUCAGCUUGUCCCAGGCCCUCAGCCGUGCCCGCCGCCACCCCUUGCUCCAGGGCUACGAGGUCCACGUCACCCCCAGCGUCCGCCCCGAGCCCGAGCAGAUGCGGGACAUCGUCACCUGCAGCGGUGGCACCUUCCUGCCCACCAUGCCCUGCACCUACGGGCCCCAGAGGCUGGUGAUCUCCUGCGGGGAGGAUUCGGGGUGCUGGGCGCCAGCGCUGAGCGCCCGCCUGCCCCUGGCCUCGGCCGAGCUCCUCCUCACCGGGCUCCUGCGGCAGCGCCUCCAGCUCCAGGACUUCCUCCUCGCCCCCCCGGACACCCCCCCAGGUCCCUCGGGGGUCCCCCAAGAUCCCCCCCCAAAGUCCCCUCAACCUCCUCCGGCGUCCCCCCGGCGGCUCCGGGCCCCCCCCGCGGCGCAGGGCAGGACGCGGCGGCACCCACAACCCCGGAAUAAAUGAGAUUUUGCACAAAAAAAAAACAAAAGAAA